AUGGUGUCCGAGCUAGUCAACAACCCGUCUAUCCAGGAUGCCCAGUUGCUGCGCCCUAAGCCUGCAAUUUCCAGGCCUUAUGUGUGGCCCUUUUUGCUGGUGUACCCAGCCUGUUUCAAUGUCUAUUUGAAUCAUUACGAUAAGUACAUUGGUGGUAGAGAAUGGACUUUUGUCUUCUCUGUCACAUUAAUUUCUAUCCAUGCGGUAUUGAUGCUCAUGCCUGAAUGGAAUAUGAACAUUAAGGAGAGCUUCAACUACGAGCCAGUCAAAACGUUGGAAGAAGCUUCCUUUAUUAAGGUGACUGCGGCCCCAAAUUGUGGUCUCAGUGACAUUUGUCUGAUCUUAAGAGAAAGAUCGCAUGGUGAACUGCAAAUAUCGUUUUUGUACCAAAAGAGACGUUAUUUGUGGCACAGUGAGGUUCAACGUUUUGCACCUCCUGAGUUCCUGGUGGACUCCAAGCCUCAGCUCAAGGUAUUUCAGUAUUCGAAAGGUCUUAGUGGUGAUCUCACAGAUCUUGAGAGACUUUAUGGAAAGAACAAGUUUGAUAUUCCAAUUCCUACAUUUUUGGAAUUGUUUAAGGAACAUGCUGUUGCACCAUUCUUCGUCUUCCAGCUCUUCUCCGUUGCGCUUUGGUGUAUGGAUGAGAUGUGGUACCUUUCUCUCUUCUCUCUCUUUAUGUUGGUGACUUUUGAGUGUUCUUCUGUUUACCAGAGAAGAACCACCAUGACUGAGUUUCAAAGUAUGGGUAUCAAGCCAUAUCCUAUCUACGUCCACCGUGGUGGUAAAUGGAAGCAGAUCCAGACUGACGAGCUUCUUCCUGGUGAUCUCGUCUCUGUCACUAGAACACAGGAUGAAUUGGCGAUUCCUUGUGAUCUGGUACUGGUCGAUGGUUCUUGUAUUAUGAACGAGGCCAUGCUUUCUGGUGAAUCUACUCCCUUAUUGAAGGAGUCUAUCAAGCUCAGACCAUCUGAAGACAACUAUCAACCGGAUGGUUUGGAUAAGAACUCUGUUGUUCAUGGAGGAACUUCCUGUUUGCAAGUGACUGCUCCUACUGACCCAAUUUUGAAUCUUGCUCCAGACAAGGGUGCUCUUGCCAUUGUCGCAAAAACCGGAUUUGAAACUUCUCAAGGUUCUCUGGUUCGUGUGAUGAUUUUCUCAAGUGAAAGAAUGAGUGUUGCCAAUAAGGAGGCAUUCUUUUUUAUUCUGUUCCUGCUUGUAUUUGCCAUCAUUGCCUCUUGGUACGUCUGGGUGGAAGGUACUAAGAUGGGCCGUGUUCAGUCCAAGCUUAUUCUGGACUGUAUCAUUGUGAUCACCUCCGUUGUCCCGCCAGAAUUGCCCAUGGAGCUCACCAUGGCCGUUAAUUCGUCGCUGUCUGCUCUUGGUAAGCAUUUUAUCUACUGCACUGAGCCUUUUAGAAUCCCUGUUGCCGGUAGAAUCGAUGUCUGUUGUUUCGACAAGACCGGUACCCUCACUGGUGAGGACCUGGUGUUUGAAGGUCUUGCUGGAUUCAAAGAGAACGAUGUCAGAUACCUUUCUUCGUGCGAAGAAGUUCCAAGUGUCACAGUCGAUGUUCUCGGUGCUGCUCAUGCCCUGGUUAAACUUGACGAUGGAGAGGUCGUUGGUGAUCCAAUGGAGAAGGCCACUUUGAAGGCUGCCAAAUGGAAGGUUGGUGCCAGUGACACCGUUGAACGCAAUAUUAAGGGUGCCAGCACCAAAAUUAAGAUUUUGAGAAGAUUCCAGUUCUCUUCUGCUUUGAAGAGAUCCAGUUCUAUUGCAAAUGCCCAUGGAAAAACUCUCGUCGCUGUCAAAGGUGCUCCUGAGACGAUCAAAGAGAUGGUCACCGAUGCCCCUGCCAACUACGAGGAGGUUUAUAAAUCUUUCACCAGAUCUGGAUCUAGAGUCUUAGCUCUGGCCUACAAGUACAUGGAAGACAACAUCUCUCACUCUAAGGUCACCAAGCUUACGAGAGAAAAUGUUGAAAGCAAGCUUCUUUUCGGAGGAUUUAUCAUCUUCCACUGUCCAAUGAAGAGCGAUGCCAUUGAAACUGUCAAAAUGCUGAACGAGUCCAGUCACAGAUGUGUGAUGAUCACUGGUGAUAACCCAUUGACUGCUGUUCACGUUGCCAAGGCUGUCAAGAUUGUCAACAAGGAGGUGUUGAUCUUGGACUUGCCAGAGGGACACCACGGUAGUCAUGAUCUUGUCUGGAGAAAUGUUGAGGAGACAAAGAUUAUUCCAUUCAACGUUUCCGACUCUAUUGACGAGAAGUUAUUCCACGAAUUUGACAUCUGUGUGACUGGUUAUGCACUUGCCAAACUCUCGGCGCAUGAACAAUUGCUCAAGCUCAUUAGGCACACUUGGGUCUAUGCCCGUGUUUCACCCUCCCAGAAGGAGUUCAUUCUGAACUCCUUGAAAGAGCUUGGAUACAAGACCUUGAUGUGCGGUGACGGUACAAACGAUGUUGGUGCUUUGAAACAGGCCCACAUCGGUGUUGCUUUGCUGAACGGUACCGAGGACGGUAUGAAGAAAAUUAGUGAGGACAGAAAAAUCGAUGCCACCAAAAAGGUGUAUGAGAAGCAAGUGGAGCUUAUGGCCAGAUGGAACAGACCUCCACCAAGGGUUCCACCAGUUAUUGCACACUUGUAUCCUCCCGGACCUCUCAAUCCUAAUUACUUGCAAGCCAUGGAAAAGCAAGGAUUGCAGAUUACGGAUGAGAUGCGCAAGGCUGUUGCUCUUGCCAACUCCACUGCCAAGCUCACCCACAAAGACCAGGGUGCUUCUGAUUUGGCUGACAAGUUCAUGAACACUUUGCAAGAGGAAAACGAGGACAGCGAGGAAGCCCCCACUUUAAAGCUGGGUGAUGCUUCCGUUGCUGCGCCUUUCACUUCCAAGUUAGCCAAUGUCUCUGCAGUCACUCACAUCAUUCGUCAAGGUCGUUGUGCUCUUGUGUCUACCAUUCAAAUGUACAAGAUUCUGGCAUUGAAUUGUUUGAUUUCGGCUUACUCCUUGUCUGUCUUGUACCUUGCUGGUAUCAAGUUUGGAGACGGUCAGGCUACCGUCUCUGGUCUUCUGCUCAGUGUUUGUUUCCUGUCCAUUUCUCGUGGUAAGCCAAUUGAGAAACUCUCUAAACAGAGACCACAGCCUGGUAUCUUCAACAUCUAUAUCAUGGGAUCGAUCUUGGGACAAUUUGCCAUUCAUCUGACGACGCUGAUUUACAUCACCAAGGAAGUUUACAUCUUGGAACCAAGAGAGCCUCAGAUCGACUUGGAGAAAGAGUUCCAGCCAUCGUUGCUCAACACUGCCAUGUUCUUGCUCCAGCUGGCUCAACAGGUGUCUACUUUUGCUGUGAACUACCAAGGAAGACCAUUCCGUGAGUCCAUCAGAGAAAAUAAGGGUAUGUACUAUGGUUUGCUGGGUGUCUCUUUCUUGGCCCUUGCAGGUGCCACUGAGUUCUUGCCAGAAAUGAACGAGGCCAUGCAAUUUGUCAAGAUGACUGAAACCUUCAAGUUCAAGCUGACUGCGUCUAUCCUGUUGGACUUUGUCCUCGCAUGGGGAAUUGAAUUGUUUCUCAAGUACUUCUACGCCGAUUUCAAGACGGCUGACAUCGCCAUCCACGAUGACGAUGUUAUUGCAAUUGAGACUUAG